CUGUCAUGCUGACAGCUCAUGAGGAGAGGAGAGCCAGUAAUCGGCAUUCCUCGGAGGGGACAUGUACACAGAUCAUCAGAGCACUGAUGAUCAGACCCCAGCAGAGCCACCUGUCAGUGUCCAUCAGUGCCAGCUCUCAGUGCUCAUCCAUGUCACCUGCCAGUGCUCUUCAGUGCCCAUCAGUGCCACAUCAAUGCCACAUAUCAGUGCCCAUCUGAGCUGCCUUUCAGUGUCACCCAUCAGUGCCAGUCAGUGCCACCUAUCAAUGCCAGUCAGUGCCACCUAUCAGUGCUGCCAAUCAGUGCCACCUAUCAGUGCCAGUCAG